CUUUGGGAAGUAGAGAAAUCGAGGCUGAAGAACCAUCUAGAGACAAGCCAUGAGGCUCAGAUUUUGUACUCAUGGCCAUUUAAUUUUACUUGAAAUUGAAGAUAUUGAAGAAAUAACUGAGUGGAAGAGUGAGAAACAGAAACUCAAGAAACCUUUAAAAAAACAAACAAAAGCAGCCACAGAGAUCCAGGCCUGGUGGCGUGGCACCCUGGUACGCCGGACAUUGCUGCAUGCAGCCCUCAGGGCCUGGAUUAUUCAGCGCUGGUGGAGGCUGACCUUGGAUAGCCUGCUGCAGAAAAAGCGAAAGCAAGCCCUUUUCACCUAUGCAAAUACAGCAAGAGCAGUGGUCAAGAUCCAGUCCUUGGUCCGUAUGUGGCGUAUCCAAUGGCGAUACCGUCAGGUGCUCAGUGCCAUUUAUGUUAUCCAGUGCCACUGGCAAUGCCACAACUGCCAUACCUGUGCUCUCCUCCGGGGCCACUGUGUAGUCACAGCCACUCACCUACAGUUCCACAUUGAGAUCAUCAACCCCUAAAGGCUGGCAAGAAGGGGCACUGUGUCUCCUGUCUCCAGUAAAAGCUUAACCUGG